GUUAGUGGGUUAUGGUGAGUGUUUCCACCAAAGAGAACUGCUGCUGUGCUGUUUUGUUAUUCUUUGUUCAGGAUUAUGGCUUUACUUCAGUUCAUAAAUCUAAAAUCUAAAUGCAAAGUGUUAAGUGUGAGCAGGGGUCAGACAGAUCUCGUACAGAAGAGUGUGUGUCAUAUUCUGUUCAUUCUAGACCGAGGCUCAUUUUUGAGACCCGCUCUGAAGGUUGGUGAGUAAGAGGAUAAAUAUGAGAGUGAUAUGAGCUGUUUGCUUCUAAACCUGAGCAACUCGGGGGGAGAGCUGCCUGAUUGCUGGUGUUCGCAACAUGGAUAAUAACUUUAUACUGGGACAUAAUGGACUUCAUAAAACAUAUGGAUUAUUGCUGCUUUUGAUAGGAUUUCAGCAAGUACUACUAACAAGUGGAGAGGGACUGACGCCAACUAUCAUAGCCCCAGACUUUGUGACAGUGGGGGUGCCCAGCAGUGUGGAGUGUGUGGCUAAUUGUGUGUCGUGUACUUACUCUCUGUCUCUGGAUGGACAGACAGCUCCUGCACAGGACAAGUCUGUGGCUUUCACUGUCAACUAUUACACCGAGAACCUGACUGUGGCCUGCUCAGUAACCGAAGGAAAGCAAAUUGCUACAGCUACUAAGAAAAUACAAGUGUUAGUUGGUCCAGUAAAUGUGUCCAUCUCGGGCAGUGACCUCCUCAACCCCUCUGUGAGUCAAACCUUCAGCUGCCACGCCCUCUGUCGGCCAUCUUGUGUGUACUCUUGGAGGUUUGGCUCUGGUCCACAAGUCAGUGGACAGGGGAAUGUUUUCUCUGUGACCCCCAGCGAGAUGGACAGAUCUACAGUACUGAUUUGUAAGGCCACUAACACAGUGUCCGGGCUGUUUGUCUAUGCAACACAACAGAUCACUGUCAAUGUGGGUCCUUUAGAUAUGAAGAUCGCAGGCCCAGAUGUUAUAGAGAUGGGAAGAAAGGCUAAAUUUGAGUGCUCAGCUGUAUGCCAGCCCUCCUGUCGUUUCGUCUCAUCUGUGGACACUCAAAGCGUCAGAGGACAUGUGAUUGAGUUGACAGUUGAUCUUCCUCUAAAAUCAGUGACUAUUAAGUGUCAGGCUCAAAACACAGCAUCAAGAAAGUCUGCCACUACGACAAAAACUGUACAGAUUAAAGGUACGGUUCGCAGUGCAUCCACUCAUUCGGAGAUGGCUUCAGUUGUUUUGCUUUUUGUUGGCGUCUUAACGAUAAUUACAACACUGUGAU